AUGUCGACUAAUACCACUGAAAUCCAGAACAAAGAUCCAGCAACCUGGCCAUAUGCCUAUUUAAUGAGUGUACCACGCUUCCUAUGGUGGGAGCGUAAUGUGGUAUCAUUCUGGUAUCUCUACUCAGAAUCACAGGAAUUAGAUGCGAUGAUCAUGGAAAUCAACAACUCGUUUGAUGAAAAGCGAAAUGUCCUUUUCCAACUCCAACCUGAAUACAUGACCCCCACGACCAAAAUGGACGAUUCGGCGAAAGAGCCCAUAUAUCUAGACCAGAAGAAGACUGUUCUGUCCCUUCCUUCAUUAUCCACUGCGAGGUUCUACAAGGGUAUUUGGGAGAAACACAUAUUUGCAUCUCCUUUUGAGAAGGUGGAAGGAUCUAUUUCCACUCGCUUCAUGGAUCCUUUACAGGAAUUCCCAUUCAACCCCACCGACUCAAUUGCAAACGUUGUUUCUGUUGGCCUACAGGGGGAAAGUAAAAUGAUCACAAGGAUCAGCUGUCGGGAACCCCCUGUGGACCCAGUCAACGUGACUACAACUCACUUGGUCAAAUCUAUCCUUCUAUGGACAGUCCCCGGCACCCUGACGACUCCCCGCAUUCUCUUCCAGGCCCUUAAGAUCCAGUAUGUUCAGGGCUUGAUGCAGAUGAUGGAUCGACCUGUGAUCCAACCAGGCAGUGUCGCGCGCCAUCCCACUUCCAUAGAGAGGAAUCUUGAGUCAUUCUGGCGUGCCUUCCUGUCCCGAUGUGUUACGAGCUUUCCCGAACCGGUAGAACUCACAUACAUUCCCUCCGCAUCGAUUUCAAAUGAGCAUGUUCGCCUUCUCUCUCCUUGCAGCAAAUCAGCUGCGGCAGUCAAAUGCCUGACUGUAGAGGUGGUUGAUCCUGGAUUCUAUGCACGAGUGGUCAACUACGCUGAUCUUUGGGAAGGAAUAUCGCAUGAACAGCAGCAGAAAGAGAACCAUGCAGACGCUACAUCCCGUCCCCUCACUGUAUCGGAUCUCCAGCUCCUCCAUACACUGAUCUCCUCUUUUCAAAAGAUGGUGCCACCCUUUCCACGUGGGUUUGGGUUGACUCUGCGAAAUGUCCUUGCCUGGUGCCGUGGCUCGAGGAGCGAGAUGGACUCUUUCGUGCUAUCUUCGACAGCUCCAUUCCUCCAUCCCCGCUACACGGAUUGUGUCAUCCGUAUUGCACUGAUGCAUCGAUUUGCCAUGAAUUCUCCGUCACUUUUAUGGAUUUAUGGGGUCCUUGCUCGGUGGAUGCUUUUGAACAUGGGCCUAUCUGUAUUAUCCAUAAUGGGUAUCGUUCCAACCACCUAUAGUCCUGUGAUCAGCGUCAUCAUGUAUUUGUUGCUAUGGAACAUUGGGCAUGUGGCAGUUAGAGCACAGUUGUUUCCUUUGACGUUUUAG